AUGUCCGAGGUAUCGACAAAAGACGAAGCAAAGACCGUUAUCAAAGGACGGAGUGUAUCGGGUCGAGCGUGGAAGAAUCGAAACCAAAAGAGAGCUUCGUCGCUGAUCAAAACAUCAUUCAAUGGGCAAACGAAAACAUGGGAAGAACGUCAACAAGAAAAGCUAGCACGGAAAGAAAUGCUUGAGAUGCAAAAAGAACUGCAGGAAGAGAGACGGCAAUCUAAAAUCACAAAGAAGGAGCGCAGAUUAGAAAAUGAAAAAAGAAGAGCCGAAAAUGAAUUCAAGAAUGCUCAGAAAUUCACAAAGGCACUCAACAUCAACAAGUUGCCGUCGACAAUGAAAGCCAUGUCCAAGAAGCAGCUACGACAAAUCAAGAAGACUCGUCUCAAUACCAAGACUGGUGUUGUGGAAUACGUUCCAGCAUUUUCGAAGUAA